CCUGGCCGGCGCUACGAGCCCAUGGAACAUGUUCAAUUUCCUGCCCGCCCUGCCUGCUCUACCCUCCAUCAGCUCUCUGUUCUCGGCGCUGCCUUUCCCGUUAGCGUUUCCUCUGGCCGUGGUUGCUCCUCUUCCUUGGGCCCUGCCACUUCUCAUCGGGCUCAAGAGUGCGGGACUUCUUGGUUUGGGCGUCGCAACAGGAGGCAUCACUGGUUUCGGCUUGGCUAGUAUCGGAGCUCUGGGAGUCAAGGCAUCGCUGGCCAACGCCGCCCUGCUCAAGCUCGCCGGCGUUGGAGUCGCAGUUAAGGCGAAGGAGGCAGUCUCCUCAAAAAUUGCUCAGGUGAAAUCUAAACUGGCCGCACCACCUGCCAUCGUACCAGUGACAGCAACGAAGCACGUUGAACCGGCUGUCCUGCCCCCAACAGGAUGGGAGCACGCACUCCGUUACGGUCAUCCAGAGCUCGGCUAUGGCUUCACGCGGACGAUGGUCCAGCUACGCCGUAGGCGACACAUUGGCGCCGAAGCGCCACUCCGCGAGAUCUUCGCCUACGUGAACAGCUACGACAAGGACAGAUGCGUGCAGCGAGUGCUGUGUGAGGUGGCUGCCGAACCUCAUCUGAUUGGAGAUCGAGGCAAGACCGUUGCAGACUUCAUGCUUUCUCUGGAGCAGGAAGCAGAUGCGCCAUGGAUGCCGUACAGGGAAGCGACUCUUCUGGGCAGGACCCUUGAUACCCGUGACGUUUGCUACGAGACGUACAAGACUUGCGACAAGUCAACAGAGUCCCUGGUAGAGAUUGCGAAGAUGCGGCUCGCUUCCAUCGCAAAGACGACGGCUUAAAUUGCAACUAUCUGUACAUUAUAGUAUCGAAAUGACUUCGUAGCGUUGUAUUAUAGGUUUUCAAAGGUUAGAAUAAACGUGCAUUGUCUC